UGCUAUCGGAGCAGCCUCACUUUCUAAAGCCAUUGUGCUGGUGCAGGGGGAGGAGGCUGUAGUGGACAGGGCUGGUUGUAGUAAAUGACACAGCUUUGCCAGAUGACAUGUAGCGGACCUCUGCAUCAGCCUAGAGGAAUUAAGCUUUGUCACUCCCCACUGGGACUACCUUUCUCCUGGUAUGUGCGCGAGGAAUUCACAUGCUGCUGCUGCAGCCGCCAGAGCAGAGCCCUGAGUACACUUUGCCACCGACAGCAGUGAGCGAGAAUGAUAGCUGUCUCUUUUAAAUGCCGUUGUCAAAUUCUGAGGCGCCUCACCAAAGAUGAGAGUCCCUACACUAAAUCCGCCAGCCAGACAAAGCCGCCUGAUGGAGCAUUGGCUGUGAGGAGACAGAGCAUCCCAGAGGAAUUCAAGGGCUGCACUGUCGUCGAGUUGAUGAAGAAGGAAGGCACGACACUUGGGCUCACAGUGUCAGGAGGAAUUGAUAAGGAUGGCAAACCCAGAGUCUCCAAUCUGCGGCAAGGAGGGAUCGCUGCGAGAAGUGAUCAGCUUGAUGUGGGGGACUAUAUCAAAGCCGUGAAUGGGAUCAACCUGGCCAAAUUUCGCCAUGAUGAGAUCAUCAGCUUGCUGAAGAAUGUCGGGGAAAGAGUGGUUCUUGAAGUUGAGUAUGAGCUGCCUCCUGUCUCUGUUCAAGGAUCAAGUGUUAUUUUCCGAACAGUGGAGGUCACAUUACAUAAAGAAGGCAAUACCUUUGGUUUUGUAAUACGAGGGGGAGCACAUGAUGAUAGAAAUAAAUCUCGGCCAGUUGUGAUAACAUGUGUUCGUCCUGGAGGACCCGCUGACAGAGAGGGCACUAUCAAACCUGGUGAUAGGCUGCUCAGUGUGGACGGGAUUCGGCUGCUGGGAACCACGCAUGCUGAAGCCAUGAGUAUUCUGAAACAGUGUGGACAGGAAGCAACGCUGCUGAUAGAAUAUGAUGUCUCAGUAAUGGAUUCUGUGGCAACAGCGUCCGGGCCCCUACUAGUUGAAGUUGCCAAAACUCCUGGUGCCAGCCUUGGGGUUGCCCUAACUACCUCGAUGUGCUGUAACAAGCAGGUCAUUGUCAUAGACAAAAUAAAAUCUGCAAGUAUUGCUGACAGAUGUGGUGCACUGCACGUAGGGGACCACAUCCUGUCCAUCGAUGGGACCAGCAUGGAGUACUGCACCCUGGCAGAAGCAACCCAGUUCCUGGCCAACACCACCGACCAGGUCAAGCUGGAGAUUCUUCCCCAUCAUCAGACCCGCCUGGCCUUGAAGGGACCUGAACAUGUGAAAAUUCAGAGGAGCGACAGGCAACUUACCUGGGAUUCCUGGGCCAGCAACCACUACAGCCUUCACACCUACCAUCACUAUAACACCUACCACCCUGACCAUUGCAGAGUGCCAGCACUGCCAUUCCCGAAAGCACCUCCUCCAAACAGCCCUCCAGCUUUGGUGUCUUCAUCCUUCUCUCCUACCUCCAUGAGUGCAUACAGCCUGAGUUCCCUGAACAUGGGAACUUUACCUCGAAGCCUCUACUCCACUAGUCCACGUGGAACUAUGAUGAGGAGGAGACUGAAAAAGAAAGACUUCAAAAGCUCACUGUCUUUAGCCUCCAGCACGGUGGGCCUCGCAGGGCAGGUGGUUCACACAGAAACCACAGAGGUGGUGCUGACGGCGGACCCCGUCACAGGAUUCGGGAUCCAGCUGCAAGGCAGUGUGUUUGCCACGGAGACGCUCUCUUCUCCACCUCUGAUUUCCUAUAUCGAAGCUGACAGCCCAGCAGAGAGAUGUGGAGUGCUACAGAUUGGAGACAGGGUAAUGGCCAUUAACGGAAUUCCAACUGAAGACAGCACCUUUGAGGAAGCCAAUCAGCUCCUCCGGGACUCGUCCAUCACGAGCAAGGUCACUCUAGAAAUCGAGUUUGAUGUUGCAGAGUCCGUCAUCCCAAGUAGUGGAACAUUUCAUGUAAAGCUCCCUAAGAAGCACAAUGUUGAACUCGGAAUAACCAUAAGUUCUCCCUCCAGCAGGAAACCAGGAGAUCCCCUUGUCAUUUCAGAUAUCAAGAAAGGCAGUGUGGCACACAGAACUGGAACCCUGGAACUUGGGGAUAAACUGCUUGCAAUAGAUAACAUCCGGCUGGACAACUGUUCCAUGGAAGAUGCAGUUCAGAUUCUCCAACAAUGUGAGGAUCUGGUGAAGCUCAAAAUCCGCAAGGAUGAAGAUAAUUCAGAUGAACAAGAAAGUUCUGGAGCAAUUAUUUACACCGUGGAGCUUAAGCGCUAUGGCGGCCCCCUAGGCAUCACAAUUUCAGGAACUGAAGAGCCGUUUGAUCCUAUAAUCAUUUCAAGUCUCACUAAAGGGGGAUUAGCUGAAAGAACGGGUGCGAUCCACAUAGGAGACCGAAUCCUUGCCAUCAACAGCAGCAGCUUGAAAGGGAAGCCUCUGAGUGAAGCCAUCCACUUGCUACAGAUGGCAGGAGAGACUGUCACCUUGAAAAUUAAGAAACAGACAGAUGCCCAGUCAGCAUCAAGUCCCAAGAAAUUUCCCAUCCCCAGCCACUUGAGUGACCUGGGAGAUGUGGAGGAGGACUCCUCCUCAUCCCAGAAGACGGGCAAGCUCACUGACAUGUACCCCUCCACCGUGCCCAGUGUGGACAGUGCUGUGGACUCGUGGGACGGCUCUGGAAUCGAUACAAACUAUGGGAAUCAAGGUGCUAGUUUCCAGGCUGCAGGCUACGCCUUCAACACCUACGAGUGGAGGAGUCCGAAACAGAGCAGCAGCUUGUCCCCGGUCACUAAACCUCGAAGCCAGACAUACCCGGAUGUGGGGCUGAGUAAUGAAGACUGGGCCCAGUCCACUGCCAGUGGUUUUGCAGGGGCUCCCGACGCUGCCGAUGCUGAACAAGAGGAGAACUUCUGGUCUCAAGCACUGGAGGAUUUAGAAACCUGUGGACAGUCAGGAAUUCUGAGAGAACUCGAGGAGAAAGCUGACAGGCGUGUGUCUUUGAGAAACAUGACUCUCUUGGCAACAAUUAUGUCGGGGAGCACGAUGAGUUUGAAUCACGAGGCCCCAACACCUCGCAGUCAGCUGGGGCGACAGGCCAGCUUUCAAGAACGGAGCAGCUCUCGGCCACACUACAGCCAAACAACUCGGAGUAACACCCUGCCCUCUGAUGUGGGCCGGAAGUCUGUGCCUCUGAGAAAAAUGAAGCAAGAAAUAAAGGAGAUCAUGUCCCCAACUCCCGUGGAGCUGCACAAGGUGACCUUGUACAAGAGCUCUGACAUGGAGGACUUUGGGUUCAGUGUCGCGGAUGGCUUGCUGGAGAAAGGAGUGUAUGUUAAGAAUAUUCGCCCGGCUGGUCCUGGAGAUCUUGGUGGCUUAAAGCCCUAUGAUAGGCUCUUACAGGUGAAUCACGUGCGGACGAGAGACCUAGACUGCUGCCUUGUGGUGCCCCUCAUAGCCGAAUCCGGCAACAAGCUAGACCUGGUGAUCAGCAGAAACCCACUCCCGCCCCAAAGGGCUAUAGAUCAGCCUCUCCCAGGAGAAUGGAGCGACCAGAACAAUGUAUUUUACCAACAGCCUAGCCAUGGUGGCAACUUGGAGAUACGAGAACCCACUAAUACAUUAUAGCAACGCUUUCUAUAAAGCAGGAACAAAAGACAAUAUCUACAUGGUGCUAAAAACAAAAACAAAAAAAAAAGAAAGAAAAAAGAAAAUCCCUUUAAGAUUUCUGUGACCGUUAAAGCACAGAUAAUCAUGUGGCAUUAACUGCAAGCACAGGGGUCUUUUCAGUCUCUCACGGCUCAUGUUCACGUCCCUUUUCAAGUUGAAAAGGUUGCUUUUCUGGUGACCACGGUGGUACAGGUAACUUCCUGUCUAACCCAAUGGUAGAGAAAAAGAACACUAGGUAAGCACCCUCCUUCCCCCUCACAAACAAUUAACAUCAGAGGAAAUUUUUUUACAACUUCAUCUUCCUAUCACUUUUUAAAAAGAGAAGUGUCUGUUUGAAAAUACUGAGGAUUUCCGUAAAUUCACUUUAAAAUCAGUUUCUUACAAAGAAGUCAGUCAUUCGUGUUAGACCAUAACCAAGAAAGCUUUCGUUUAAGCUGGCUCCACUAGGGGAUCUAGAGUUCGGGGAAGCGCUGGGACUGCUGCUAAGGGAGGGGAGAGGUAGAUUAAGCUACUUGACAUGUUCAGCAAUGAUGCACGUAGGAGACCAUAAUAGGUGGUGGUAAAUGUUCUGCCCACGUAUAGGAAUGAUUUUAGCUAAGAUGUAUGCUAUUCCCUAUGCAACAGAUGAUCAAACAGGAUAUGUCUUGUGACCUGUUUUGUUUUGUUUUUUUAAGGACACAUUUUUUAAUAGCUGAAAAUCUCUGAUAAUAAAUUAGAGUGGUUAGUAACACUGAGAAUUAGGUAUAUUAUCUUAUUUUUUAAAUUCACGGCUAAGACUUUAAAAGAGAAUGAAGAGUCUAUUAAAAUGAGGGUUUUUCUUUUUUGAUAGACAAAUCAAACUCAUACUGCUUGACAUGCUUUGAAAACUGGUUAUACUGAGGGGUGUACAGCAUAUAUACUUUAAAAAAUGACACUGGACUGUCUUUUGUUCUGAGCCAUGCCACUUACUGAAAUUGUAAAUACAUUUUUCACAAAAUGCAUUGCCAAUUAUUACCAUCCUUCAAAGCAAUAAACUGUGACAGUUGCUUUUAAUGUUCGUCAGCAACUGUUUUCAUUUGUUCAGAUAUUUUGAAUAGUUACACUAAUAACUGUUAUUUAGUGAAUAUCAAAAAAAUAGAUCUGUAUAUUGAUUGUAGAAUCUUCAUUCUGAAACAGUUAUUUUUCAAACAAUUUCCUUUGGUCAAUGAUUCAAACAACUGCUUAGAAAACAUCUGAACCCUGUGUCCUUCAUUUAAGGAAAAAGUUCACCUUUCUUUUUGUGAAAAGAAAUAUAUUAUUUCAAGCAUAUUUCAGAACUUCCAGGGCAAGAAAGUAUAAAGCAGAGUUAUGUUAAGAAAAAAAAGAUCAUGAGUCACUUAAAUAUGUAUUUUUAUUUGUAACAGACAAGUAUUAAACUGUAAAGUAUUUUUGUACAAAUUUAAUACUUUAAUAGCAUGGUAUUUAUCGUCUAUGUAUGGUUUUGGGGGAAUUAAAAAAUCGUUGCAAAUAUUUGUAUGGGCAAAAACCCUCUACCAAAUGGAAUAAACAGUGAUUUUAAAAAGCAAAAUUUGCAUUUUUGUGUGUGUGUUCUUUGGAUAUAAUUUAGUUUUCUGGACGCUAGCAUCUGAAACUCCUUAUGAGAUCACGUAACUAAAUGUGGGGGAGAUGAACUUGGCAACUAUGGAAGGUUUUUAAGGCACAUUUACCCAAAAAUAGAUUGAAAUCAAAUGAGUAAUAAAUCAGAAGUGUUUCUGGCAGUGCUUAUCCAUUUUAUAUUAUCGGGGCAAGAAUGGGGUCACAACAGGAAAAAAGUUUUAGAAGCCUUGUUCUGAACAGGUAAAAUAAAUUUUGGAACCUCUAUGCCAGGAUAAAACUUGAAAUGAUGCAGUGAAUGAUGUGAGCAAUACAGAAUCAGAGAGUGUACGAGUCUGUUUAUAUGAAAGGCCCCACUUGAAUACAUCCACAGUGAUAUAGUAGAUUAGUAGCUGCCUGGGGAUGAGGGUGCAGUUUCUUUUGUUGUUUAGAUUGACCACACACACACCCUGUGGUUCUCAGGACUUACUCCUGGCUCUGUGCUCAGGCAUCACUCCUGGAGGGCCUGGGAACCACAAGAAAUGUUGGGGAGUAACCCAGGUUGACCAAGUGCAAGGCAAGCUCCCUACCCAGCUGGAUUAUCUUCUUGGUCCCUGAGUUUCUUUGGGGAUAAUUUUCAAUUCUAAGGUGUGAAUGUACAACUCUGUAUUUUGUACACUUCAAACAGUUGAACUCUAUGUGAAUUGGGUCAAUUUGAAAAUUGGAUGAGUAUAAAUUUUUGAAAAUUUUUGAAAAACUGGGAUGAAUAUAAAUUUUUCUUUGUGUGUAUAUAUAUUAUUCUGAGUUAUAUAUAAUUAUAUAUGCUUAAACAUAUAUAUGUAUAAAUACAUAUACAAAUAUAGCUAUUAAAUCACCCAGAAUAAAAAUUUUUCCAAACAACACUGUCAAAUCAGUGUGCUCCCCAUGUGAACAAUUAACAUGAUAGAAACAUUAAUUCUACAGUGCCAAUCUUAUUGCAGUAUAUUAAGUAUGCAUAUCAGAUCAACACAGCAUAACUGAAUUUUACACAAUGUUUUAUGUUCAUGAUCUCUCAAAGACAGAACCGAAAAUCAAUGUUCUCACAGCUCAGAAAGAAUGUCCAGUAAAGUGUCCCAGUGGACGGAGCAAGCAGUGGCCUUGUGAGAAGACUCAGUGUCCUGUGACGCACGUCCAUGACAGUCAGCUACAGGUGAUCUCCACUAGGGUUUCAGUCCCCUGGCAAAGAUCACCCACAAUGACCAUAAAAGUCAACCAGGUUCAUAAAAAACUUUUUAAACUUUUUAAAAAAUAAAAAAAUACCUUUCCCUCUCAUUUAUAUCCAGUGUUCUCUGUUCUCAUGAGAAAUGAUGAAAUUGUUCUUUGGUCACAUGGACUUAAAAUCAGUACAAACAUCUUAAAAUAGAACUAGCUACAUACUUCCUUUUUAAUCUUGAGAGUCC